AUGCCUGACCUAGGCGCAGUUUAUUCACAUAUUGCAGUUGCUCGUCCUCUCAGGAUCUAUCCCACCCCGCUGCGCGCGUGUACGACCCCAACGCUUGUGACGAGACGUCCACUUGUGCUGUAUGGCAGUCUCACCAAAGUGGAAGGACAUACCGCUGAUGCAUUACCAAAGGCCGUCACUGUAACAGUACACGAGACCUCCAGCGCUGCCGCGAGACCACUUGUCUACUCGACGGCCUCCGCAGCGUCUGCGAGUACGACCACGACAACUUCUCAGAUUGGAGGUUUCGGGACCUGUAGCGUUCUGGAGAUCGAGUUCGAUACUGGCUUUGACGGACGGAAGGAGACAUCGUUCCAGCCGGUCAAUCAGACAUCGUACGAUCAUUGGCAUCAACUUCUGCUAACCUUAUCAUCUCAAUGGUCCGCACAGAACGUCGCCAUCAUCACACAGUUCAUGUGUGAUGCUCUCACGAACACCUGCGGUGCCAACGAGCUUGCUAAGACGACAUGUCCGUCAGCAGCAGCGGCGGCCAGCUCGGCCCCGUCGGGAUCUGGAGCACAAGCUGAUGCGUUCAAUGCCGUCUUCGGUAUCACCACAGACUUCGCGUCCGUCCCCGAGACCACCUCAGCGUCCGCUACUGCUAAUACUACGGCUUUUGCAGCCUCAACGAGCUCGACUUCGGCGGUGGCUCAGAUUGGUGACUUCUGUUCCUGCUCUGUGGCUGAAAUUGAGUUCGGCGAUGGGUUCGAUGGCUGCACAGAGGCCUCGUUCCGUCCUGCCGACCUAAGCUCGUACAAUCAUGGCUCAGCAGAUGGUAUCGCGGUCAUCACCAGCUUCAUCUGUCAACAGGUCGAUGACGCCUGCGGCGCGAACAACCUCGCGAAAACGACCUGCCAGACUGCCGCAUCCGCGGCUAGCUCUGCAGCUAUCGGUACCGGUGCACAGGCGGACGCGUUCAACGCGGUGUUCGGCAUCGCGACCGACUUUGCUGCUGUACCCGAAAUCAACGAUCAGGGCCAGACUGUAACAGCGACUGCAACUGCAUCCGCGUGA